AAACGUUUAUCCCUCAACUUUCCAGGCCAAUCCGAAUCGAUCGACAACGAAGAAGAAAACAGUCUCAGCGCAAUCCAGGUAGAGGUACGCAAUUCCGAUUUACUGCAGCUGGUUCCGCAUGUAGUUGAGCAACUACGCCUGGGCCACGUUUCGGCAGCUGAAUACACAGUGCUGGAGGAAAUAUUCGAAGAGCUCUGGCCCCUGAUGGUGGAAGAAGCCAAAAGGCUUAACCACCAGGAACAACGAAGAUCCACCAACAACAACGGGGUUGUAAAGCAAUCCGGGAAAAUUCCUGAAACAUCACAAAGUCUAAGCUAAUUGCACCACCAGUAUCGCUUAGGAAUUGCGCAUUCCUUCCCCAUAGUUUUAUUUGUAAAUAGAUAAAUUUACGACAAAAGGGUUUCGUAAUUGACCGAAA